AUGAGAGACGAGUGGCAGCCCAAAGCCCGUGGAAAGUCACUCCGGGCGGGACUCUUCCCACAGAGAGGCAUGCUGCUCCGGGCCAGGUACACUCGUCUCCGAAGCGACUCAGUCGCCUCUCUGGACGACAGCCUGCAGAACACAGCCUCACUGGAGGUUAGCAUCAAAGGUGCCGCCUCUGACGCGCUCGGACACCCCGUGGGGUCAGGACCUCCGCAGACUCGUUCUCCAGGGGAGGCGGCCGCCAUCCCGUCUGGGUUCAUCCCCAGAAUGACCGGCCUGAGGAUCUCCGGCCCGGCCGCAUCACCGGGUCUCCGAGCACAGGACGUCCAACGUCAGCCCAGAGUUUACAUAUCGCUCAUUUUCUGGCCAAAACUGGGCCUGUUUAAGUUCCUGUACAUGGGCUGUCUGGAGGUGACCCAGUCAAUGAGAGCGCUCGACUUUGAAACAAGAAUGCAAGUAACACGCGAGGCCAUAAGCUUUCUGUGUGAAAAUGCGCCAGGGGCAAAAACAGUGUUAAAGCAAAGGAAGGGACUUUCGACCAUUUUGGGGAAAAGUAAUUUGCAGUUUUCUGGGAUGAAGAUUAUCCUGAACAUUUCGACAGACUGUCUCAGUCUGAUGACAGUCGACUCAUUAAGGACUAUCGCCCAUCACCACAUGCAGUCCAUUUCCUUUGCCUCUGGAGGAGAUCCCGACACAGCUGAUUAUGUUGCUUAUGUAGCCAAAGAGUCUGUCAGUUACAGAGCUUGUCACAUACUGGAAUGCCCCGGAGGACUGGCCCAGGAGGUCAUCAACACUAUAAGGCAGGCUUUCGAGCGACGCUUCCGACACCUCCUCUCUAAUCCCACGAUUAUUAUCAUGAAGAGAAGAGUGUCUGGAUCACGCAGUGGGCCUAAACCAGAGAAGUCUCCGGAGAACGCCGAAGAGCAUAACUAUUACAAUAAGAUUCCGGGGAAGCGUCCGCCCCUCGGCGGGCUCCUGGACCUGCGCGUGAAAGUGGAGGAUGCGCCGGAGAGGCGGGGCACGACUGGCCCCCCUCCGAUUCUCAACACCUAUGAGAAGUGCUCUGUGAGCAGGGAGCAGCCGGUGCCAUCUGGAGCCAGCCUCUGUCAGGAGCUGUCACAGAGAGAACGCUGGUUCCAUGGCAGACUGAGCCGGCGGGAGGCGGAGCAGCGUCUGGCUGACAGCGGAGACUUCCUGGUGAGGGAGAGCAGUUCGUCCCCGGGUCAGUAUGUGCUGAGUGGACUGCAGGGAGACACUGCCAAACACCUCCUGCUUAUGGACCCAGAGGGCCUGGUGAGAACCAAGGAUCACGUUUUCAGCAGUGUCACUCAUCUUAUACAGUAUCACAUGGACAGUAACCAGCCAAUCGUGUCGUGUGGCAGUGAGCUGAGGCUGAAGCAGCCCGUUUUAAUGAAGCAGUAG